CGAAGAAAGUGUAACCCAAAGCCCUUUUUCGCUCUUCGCCAUCUGGUCGGUCUCCCUGUAACAACGUAGAGGGUUCGCUAUUGAGCUCCUCGUCUACCGCAACACCCUUUGAUCAGCCAUGGGAUCUCUCGGCGCUGGACAAAACCAUGCCUUGGUUUAUGGAGCAUCCGGAAUUACUGGAUGGGCGAUUGUCAACGCCAUCCUCAAUGCAUACCCCAACGACACAACUUUCUCCAAGGUGACAGCAUUGACGAACCGUCCAUUGUCCCCCGAGGUGGCACAAUGGCCGCAAUCUGAUAAGCUUCAAGUUGUUUCGGGUCUCGACCUACUGGCAGGCGAUCAAGGUGCGUUGGAAUCAACGAUGAAAGAAAGGAUUCCGGAUAUCGACAAAAUUACCCAUGUCUACUUCUUCGCCUAUGUUAUGGACGCGGACCCUGAGAAGGAAAUCUCGAUCAAUGUAGCCUUGUUGGAGCGAGCUGUGAGUGCCGUCGAGAACUUGUCGGACUCACUGAAGUUCGUGGUCUUACCCACGGGGACAAAGGCCUAUGGUGUCCAUCUUAUCGACAACUUCCCCUGGAAAGACAAGGUUCCGCUAUCAGAGUCACUUCCAAGGAUUCCAGAGCCCUACGCCUCGCAGAUGUUCUACUACAAUCAACUAGACAUAUUGAACAGCAUGUCGAAGGGAAAGUCCUGGACGUUCUGUGACAUUAUCCCUGACGUUGUGGUCGGAUUCGUACCAAACAACAACAUCUACUGCUUGGCUCAAGCCCUGAGCCUGUAUCUCAGCCUGGUGCGGGACAUCGAAGGCGAAGGUACAGAGGUCGUGUUCCCGGGCACGAUGGAGAGCUGGAAAAUCCAGUCAAACGACAGCAGUCAAGACAUCAUCGCCAGGUUUGCCAUCUAUGCCAGUCUACAUCCCGACGUAUCCGCUGGCCAGAGCUUCAACGCAACAGACAAUGCACGAAGUUCUUCCUGGUCGGUCAAAUGGCCAGUCAUUUGCGAGUACUUUGGUUUGAAAGGUGUGGCACCGACGAAUGAAUCGGGGCCGGACCCCGUGAAAUACACUGUGGACAACAGAGACAGAUGGUUGGCUCUGGAGAAAAAACAUGGACUUCAGACGGGUCGCGUAGGCAAUGAGCGAAGUUUUGGAGGGUUUCCUUACUUCAUUAUGACCAUGUUCAACUUCGAGCGGCCUCUUGAUAUGACGAAAAUGCAUAAAGCGUGGGGAGGCGGGAUAGAAGAAACAGACACAAAGGGGGCUUGGUGGACUGCGUUUGAUCGAUUUCGCAAAGCAAAGAUUAUUCCAUAGAGUUUUGCUUUGCUAUGAGGCCUAGUGCUUGAGAACGAUUUCCAAAUAGCAGCCAUAGCACGCCGCGAUGAAGAUUCUCGGAGCCACAAG